GAUCGGAUCAGCCGAUUCAACCAAUAACUCAUCGGUUGAGCAACUAAGACAAGUUAAGCGGACUAGCCAGAAAUUUUCUUGUAAAAAGUUUGCGGUCAUCGUCGCAAAACCUUGGUUAAACCUCUCAUACCUAGAGGCUUCAACUCAGUCCUCUGAAGACUUUACAGAAUAGAGAAAGAGAAAGAACAUGUUGGGAAGGCGAUUCCUAAGUUCAAUUGCGAAGCGCAACAAGUAUUCUUCAUAUCACAAUCACCAACCCUUAAUAAGAACAACAAAACCACCCUCUUCUUCCUCUUCAUCCACCCAUGAAACCGUCAAGCUUCUCUCUCCUCCCAUCAUUGCUAGGCACUACUUCAUCAAUGCUUUUCGUUCUCUUCCCCUUCCCAAGGGCCAGAAUGUGCUUUGUUUCAGGAGCUUUUCUAGGACAGCCUCUGUUGGAGCUGAGCAGAAAGAAGGGUUGAAACUGCUUGUGAAUGGGGGUGCUCAAGCCCAGAAAGCGGUUGGAACAUGGCUGUUUUGCUCAGCCGCAUGGGUGUUUAGUUUGGUAGUACUUGGUGGCAUUACCAGGCUCACCAGAUCCGGUCUUUCCAUGACUGAUUGGAAGUUCACUGGUACUCUCCCUCCGAUGUCUGACGAGGAAUGGCAUCAAGAAUUUGAGAAAUAUAAGCAGUCGCCUGAGUACAAGCGUGUUAACAAAGGGAUGAAACUUGAAGAUUUCAAAUUCAUAUAUUGGAUGGAAUAUGCUCAUAGAAUGUGGGGAAGGGCACUGGGAGUUCUGUUUGUGUUGCCUUAUUCAUAUUUUCUCCGGAAGGGGUACAUUACAGUGAAAUUGGGACUGAGACUCUGUUCUCUGUUUGCUCUGGGUGCGGGGCAAGGUCUCAUUGGCUGGUGGAUGGUUAAAAGCGGUUUAGAGGAACCACCAUCAGAAUAUGUGCAACCAAGGGUAAGCCCAUAUCGUCUUGCAGCUCAUCUUACGUCGGCAUUUGCUAUUUAUUGUGGUCUCUUUUGGACUGCACUAUCUGUUGUUAUGCCUGAACCACCAGCUGAAUCACUAGCGUGGGUUCGUGGGGCUGCCAAAGUGAAGAGACUUGCAUUACCUAUCAGCUUACUUGUCGGUCUUACUGCUAUCUCGGGUGCAUUUGUUGCUGGAAAUGAUGCUGGGCAUGCAUUUAAUACAUUUCCGAAGAUGGGUGAUACAUGGAUGCCUGAUGACAUUUUUGAAAUGACACCUCUGAUUCGGAAUUUCUUUGAGAAUACGUCAACUGUGCAGCUUGACCACCGUAUACUUGCCACUGCAUCUCUACUUUCAGUCGCCAUUUUAUGGUUGUCGACAAGAAAGCUGGAUAUACACCCUGCAGUAAGAGCAUUGGUUGGGGGCACUCUUGGCAUGGCAUCUCUUCAGCUAUAAUUUCAGCAUUCAUCAUUUGAUCUGCAAAUAGAGGCCACGCUACAAUUGGAACCCCACAUGACACACACUCUAGUAUUGAGUUCCAUCCACAAUGUGACAAAAACCCUCCAGUUGAUGAAUGCUUCAAAAUCUCCAGUUGUGGUGCCCAAUCCAUUACCACCAAUCCCUUGCUUCGUAUCUUGUAGAAUUCAUCUGGGAAAGAACUGACUGAUGCUUGAGAUAUAGCGAUGCCAUUCGAUUCGGCAUUCUCGCCUGCCAUGAGAUAAUGAUCAUCCCCAGCUUUUGUAGAUGGUGGAGUUAAAGACCAAACAAAUUUCUUCCCACUUAGCUCCAAGCCCAAAGCCAUGUCUUUGACUUGUUCAUGUGACAUUGUGUAUCCACUACCAAGUGAUACAUAUAUCACUGACUCUUCUUCUUGCUUGUCUAACCAAUCAAUAACAUAAUCUCUAUUUUCAUCCUCACAGCUUUGCUUUUUAGCUUCCCUAAUCAAUGGCCCAAUUGGAUAAACUGGUACCUUAGAUAUUUUCCCACUUCUUAGUGCCACAAUUGUCUUAGCCUCUAGCUCAUGAAAAGUGUUCACAAAAAUCCCAUCAACCUUUCUUAUCUGCUCACAAAUUUGGAGAUAUUCAUGAUACAAUCGAUCAUUCCUAUCAAGCAAUGGUGUGAACAAAUCACAAGGGCUUAUGGGGUUGCAACCAGGAAUUUGGAUACACUCCUUUUGAUCUGUGUACUCACCUUCCACCACUUCAUCUAAUGUUGGGGUGUGAAGUGUAAGUGCAACAUUCCAUGCAUUAGAAGUGAAAAAAACAAGCUUUGACAUGUUGAAUUUUUCAGCAAUAGGCAUCACUAGUGAUCCAAAUAGGUCUGUGAUGAGAAUGGUUGGUUUUGGUGAUGUCAUGGUGGAGAUUUCAUGACAAAUAUGUGGGAUUAAUUCUCUCAUUAGCAUUGCUAGCUGUGUUCCUGUGUUUGUAUUAGUAGGAAUAUCAAUAGGUGGGAGAUGAAUGAUAUGAAUGAUGUGAAAGAGGUCAUGCUUCAUUAAUGAUUGAACAAUAUUUGUUGCUAUUUGAGGUUUAGAAGAGUUGUUCUUUAUUGAAGCUACGAAUAUGGUCAGUUUGGUAAUUUUCUUGUGUGACACUAGUUUUUUGGUAAGUUCAAGAAAAGGGAUUAUGUGACCCAAGCCUGGUGGACAGAGAAUUGCAGCAUGAUAAUUAUGAGUUGCAGUGUUCAUGAUUGACAUGAUUAUGAAAAAGUGAAUAAGAGAAAUAAUGAAUGAAACUAUGCUUGAGAUGAUGUGAGAUUUGAUGAUUAA